AUGGGAGUGGUACCCACCACAGCCUGGGAGACAAGGAGUCCAUGGUUAUGGGAGUGGUACCCACCACAGCCUGGGAGACAAGGAGUCCAUGGUUAUGGGAGUGGUACCCACCACAGCCUGGGAGACAAGGAGCCCAUGGUUAUGGGAGUGGUACCCACCACAGGUGGCACCAGGUACUGGGAGUCUGACAGUAGUGGGGAUGUUUCUGUGACACCAGGUACUGGGAGUCUGACAGUAGUGAGGAUGUUUCUCUGACACCAGGUACUGGGAGUCUGACAGUAGUGGGGAUGUUUCUGUGACACCAGGUACUGAGAGUCUGACAGUAGUGGGGAUGUUUCUGUGACACCAGGUACUGGGAGUCUGACAGUAGUGGGGAUGUUCUCUGACACCAGGUACUGGGAGUCUGACAGUAGUGGGGAUGUUCUCUGACACCAGGUACUGGGAGUCUGACAGUAGUGGGGAUGUUUCUGUGACACCAGGUACUGGGAGUCUGACAGUAGUGGGGAUGUUUCUCUGACACCAGGUACUGGGAGUCUGACAGUAGUGGGGAUGUUUCUGUGACACCAGGUACUGGGAGUCUGACAGUAGUGGGGAUGUUUCUCUGACACCAGGUACUGGGAGUCUGACAGUAGUGGGGAUGUUUCUCUGACACCAGGUACUGGGAGUCUGACAGUAGUGGGGAUGUUUCUGUGACACCAGGUACUGGGAGUCUGACAGUAGUGGGGAUGUUUCUCUGACACCAGGUACUGGGAGUCUGACAGUAGUGAGGAUGUUUCUGUGACACCAGGUACUGGGAGUCUGACAGUAGUGGGGAUGUUUCUGUGACACCAGGUACUGGGAGUCUGACAGUAGUGGGGAUGUUAUCUGACACCAGGUACUGGGAGUCUGACAGUAGUGGGGAUGUUUCUGUGACACCAGGUACUGGGAGUCUGACAGUAGUGAGGAUGUUUCUCUGACACCAGGUACUGGGAGUCUGACAGUAGUGGGGAUGUUUCUGUGACACCAGGUACUGGGAGUCUGACAGUAGUGGGGAUGUUUCUCUGACACCAGGUACUGGGAGUCUGACAGUAGUGGGGAUGUUUCUGUGACACCAGGUACUGGUGUAAAAAUAAAUAAAAAAGAAGAUAUAUUGAUGUGGUUUUGAGUAAUGUUUUACGAUACCUGUGGUAUAUGUACGGUGGAACAAAAUCAACUAUGAUUCAUAGUCAUGGUCAUCGCUGCUCGCUGUAACCAACAAAGUCCUCUGUGAUGGAGACGCCGAGGAACUUAAUACCCGUGACUCUCUGUACUGCAGUCUCGUUGAUGUGGAUCAGGGCAUGUUCCCUCCUCUGCUUUCUGAAGUCAAAAAUCAACUCCUUUGUUUUGCUGACGUUGAGGGAGAUGUUGUUGUCCUGGCACUACAAUGCCAGUCCACUUACCUCCUCCCUAUAGGCUGACUCGUCGUUGUUGGUUACCAGACCUACAACUGUGAUAUCGUCAGAAAACUUGAUGAUGGAGUUGGUGUCGUGCAAAAGCCACGCAGUCGUGGGUGAACAGGGAGUACAGCAGAGGACUGAGGACACUCCCCUCGGGGACCCCUGUGUUAAGAGUCAGUGUGGAUGAGGUGUUGUUGCCAAUCCUCACAGCCUGUGGUCUGUCCGUCAGGAAGUCCAUCAUCCCAGGGGCUCUGAGCUUGGUGUCGAGCUUGGAGGGAACAAUAGUGUUGAAUGCUGAACUGCAGCUUUCAGAUAGGUAUUUUUGGCGCCUGUGGGAGUAAAUGUCAUUGCUGUUCAUCAUGUCAUGUUUGUACACCGCAAAUUCCAUUUUUUACACAUUACAAUUUUUGUGUACAAUUAAUUACGUUAUUAUUGAAAUAUCAUAACAAAGUGGUAACUAUCCCAACAUUGGGAUAUGCAUAGGAACUCAUAGGAACUCAUCUUGUGUAAGCCUCAUUAAGCUACAAAGUUGUCAGUGCUCAACCUUAAUGUGUGUUGACAAUACAACAGAACAGAUUAACAAAACAUUUUUGGGGGGGGCGACAGCCCCAAAACAUCACUGCUCUAGAGGAGAUCUGCAUGGAGGAAUGGGCCAAAAUACCAGCCACAGUGUGUGAAAACCUUGUGAAGACUUACAGAAAACGUUUGACCUGUGUCAUUGCCAACAAAGGGUAUAUAACAAAGUAUUGAGAAACUUUUGUUAUUGACCAAAUACUUAUUUUCCACCAUAAUUUGCAAAUAAAUUCAUAAAAAAUCCUACAAUGUGAUUUUCUGGAUUUUUUUUCUAAUUUUGUCUGUCAUAGUUGACGUGUACCUAUGAUGAAAAUUACAGGCCUCUCUCAUCUUUUUAAGUGGGAGAACUUGCACAAUUGGUGGCUGACUAAAUACUUUUUUUCCCCACUGUAGAUUGUCUAACCAUCUUAGCUGGCAUGACUGCUGGCAAGGUUGGUAGACUGGGUUGUUUUUAAGUGUAAAUGCUCUUUAUUCACUAGGGAAAGUCAAGUCCUCUCUUUCAUUCCCACUAGAAAUGACUGCCUUUAAACUGUCUCUCUUCUACAGAAGUACUAGAUCAGUCAAUCUCAUCUCAUGUUUGAUACACAUACAGUGCCUUCGGAAAGUAUUCAAACCCCUUGACUUUUUCCACAUUUUGUUACGUUACAGCCUUAUUCAAAAAUGGAUUAAAUAGUCCCCCCCCCCCACAAUACCCCAUAAUGAUGAAGCAAAAACAGGAUUUAUCAAUUUGAGCAAAUUUAUUAAAAAUAAAAAAGCAGAAAUAUCACAUUUACAUACGUUUUCAGACCCUUUACUCAAAACAAAUCAAAUUUUAUUUGCCACAUGCCGAAUAGAACAGGUGUAGACGUUACAGUGAAAUGCUUACUUACAAGCCCUUAACCAACAAUGCAGUUUUAUGAAAAAUAAUAGUUAAGAAAAAUAUUUACUAAAUAAACUAAAGUAAAAAAUAAAACAGCAACAAUAGCAUAGAUUAUUAUUUAUUUUUUAAUACUCAGUACUUUGUUGAAGCACCUUUGGCAGCGAUUACAGCAUAGAGUCUUCUUGGGUAUGACGCUACAAGCUUGGCACACCUGUAUUUGGGGAGUUUCUCCCAUUCUUCUCUGCAGAUCCUCUCAAGUUCUGUCAGGUUGGAUGGGGAGCGUCGCUGCACAGCUAUUUUCAGAUCUCUACAGAGAUGUUCGAUCGGGUUCAAGUCCGGGCUCUGGCUGGGCCACUCAAGGACAUUCAGAGACUUGUCCCGAAGCCACUCCUGCGUUGUCUUGGCUGUGUGCUUAGGGUCGUUGUCCUGUUGGAAGGUGAACCUUCGCCCCAGUCUGAGGUCCUGAGCGCUCUGGAGCAGGCUUUCAUCAAGGAUCUCUCUGUACUUUGCUCCGUUCAUCUUUCCCUCGAUCCUGACUAGUCUCCCAGUCCCUGCCACUGAAAAACAUCCCCACAGCAUGAUGCUGCCACCGCCAUGCAUCACCGUAGGGAUGGUGCCAGGUUUCCUCCAGACGUGACGCUUGGCAUUCAGGCCAAAGAGUUCAAUCUUGGUUUCAUCAGACCAGAGAAUCUUGUUUCUCAUGGUCUGAGAGUCUUUAGGUGCCUUUUGGCAAACUCCAAGUGGGCUGUCAUGUGCCUUUUACUGAGGAGUGGCUUCCAUCUGGCCACUCUACCAUAAAGGCCUGAUUGGUAGAGUGCUACAGAGAUGGUUGUCCCUCUGGAAGGUUCUCCCAUCUCCACAGAGGAACUCUGGAGCUCUGUCAGAGUGACCAUCGGGUUCUUGGUCACCUCCCUGACCAAGGCCCUUCUCCCCCGGUUGCUCAGUUUGGCCGGGCGGCCAGCUCUAGGAAGAGUGUUAGUGGUUUCAAACUUCUUCCAUUUAAGAAUGAUGGAGGCCGCUGUGUUCUUGGGGACCUUCAAUACUGCAGACAUUUUUUGGUACCCUUCCCCAGAUAUGUGCCUUGACACAAUCCUGUCUCGGAGCUCUACGGACAAUUCCUUCAACCUCAUAGCUUGGUUUUUGCUCUGACGUGCACUGUCAACUGUGGGACCUUAUAUAGACAGGUGUGUGCCUUUCCAAAUCAUGUCCAAUCAAUUGAGUUUACCACAGGUGGACUUCAAUCAAGUUAUAGAAACAUCUCAAGGAUGAUCAAUGGAAACAGGAUGCAUCUGAGCUUAAUUUCGAGUCUCAUAGCAAAGGGUCUGAAUACUUAUUUAAAUAAGGUAUUAUUUUUCUAAAACCCUGUUUUCGCUUUGUCAUUAUGGGGUAUUGUGUGUAGAUUGCUAAGGAAAUUGUUUUAUUUAAUCCAUUUUAGAAUAAGGCUGUAACGUAACAAAAUGUGGAAAAAGUCAAGGGGUCCGAAUACUUUCCGAAGGCACUGUACGUACGACACACACAAACACGCGCUCCUCUUUGUUAUAAGAUAAAAGUCAAGUUCUUUCUUUCAGUGCCACUCACUCUGAAAAGCAGAGCUUUAUAAAUCAUUCUCCUUCUGAAUCAAAACUGCUCCUGUUUUAUCUCCUAUGACAAGACAUCAGGCAUGUACAUGUCAACUUCCCCCUCAACAUCCACCCUUUAAAACUAGAAACACUACUCUAAGUCUCUCAGACUGUGUUCCAAAUAGCACCUUUAGCCCUACAUAGUGCACUACUUUUUACCAGAGCCCAUAGGCUCUAUAUAGGGAAUAGUGGAGUGCAGUCAGCUCAAUUGGUUUUCAGACUAGAUAAUUGGCCUCCAUCAAAGUGGAGAAUUUCAGGAGCUCUCAGUGAAAACUGUGUCCUAAUUAAGAACUAACGGCAGUACCGGUGUACAAGGAAUGCUAGCUGUCAUCCUCAGAAUGAUCACCGGCCACUGGGAUCCUCUUCAGUAGCAACAGCUCAUCUACUCUCCUCCUCUCUGUCUCCUCUCUGUCUCCUCUCUGUCUCCUCUCUGUCUCCUCUCUGUCCUCUCGUUCUCUCCCACAUCCUCCCCUCCUCCUCCUCUCCUCUUAUUUUAUCUUACCUUUCCUCGUUCCAUCCCUUUUCUCCUCUCCUCUUCUCUCUCAUUUCUUUGUUUCCUCCCUCUUCCUCAUCUCUUUAGUUCCCAGCUCCCCCUCCUUCAUUAGCUCCCAGCCGAGACCCUUCCUCUCUUCCUCCCUUGGGGGUGAGAUGUGGAGACUGGCUGACAGGUCUCACCAGGCCUCCCCAUCUACACACACAGACACACAGACACAAACACGCACACACACACACACACACACACGCAUGCACGCACAAACAAACACAGACACACAAAGACACACACACACAGCAGGGCUCAAUCGACUCUGUCCCCUGAGCAAUCUCCACUCACCUACACAUCGAAACCCAACUUGGUUUUAGUCUUAAUAGUGCUUUUAAAGCAAUAUCUGAUUCUCCACAAGCGUCUCCAGCUGUUAUCUCUCUUUACUUUUUCCUUCCUCUCUCCCUUUUCCUUCUCCCUCUCAUCCAUCCCUCGUGUUCUCUCGCUCCAUGCUAUUGGUAACUCUCUUCUCUUUCUGUUUCUCUUCCUCUCCGCCUCUGUCUCUCAUCAUAUCGAGUAAUGUCCUGUUCACAGUGGGGGCACCACUCAAAGCUGUGAUGAUUGGUUUAGAAACAAAAGACGAUGUUAGAGAGAGGGGAGAGAAGAGACCCCAGCCUGAGGCCAAACCACUCGACCAACAACGUUGGACACUUUAUGGAACACAAAGCCUUCAUUAUCUCAUCCUGGAAUAUCCAAGGCCUGAGGUCAUCUGCCUUUGGCCUAAAGAGCAGGAACCUGGACUUCACCAAAUAAAUCGGAAAUACAGACAUUGUCAUCCUACAAGAAACAUGGUAUAGAGGAGACGGACCCACUGGUUGCCCUCUAGGUUACAGAGAGCUGGUAGUCCCAUCCACCAAACUACCAGGAGUAAAACAGGGAAGGGACUCAGGGGGUAUACUAAUUUGGUAUAGAGCAGACCUAACUCACUCUAUUAAAUUAAUAAAAACAGGAACAUUUUACAUUUGGCUAGAAAUUCUAAAGGAAAUUAUCUCAACAGAGAAAAAUGUCAUCCUGUGUGCUACCUAUAUCCCCCCACUAGAAUCCCCAUACGUUAAUGAAGACAGCUUCUCCAUCCAGGAGGGGGAAAAGCUUCUACAUCUGCAUUGCUUGCUGUUUGGGGUUUUAGGCUGGGUUUCUGUAUAGCACUUUGUGACAUCUGCUGAUGUAAAUCUGGUGCUUCUGUCACCAACCAAGGAGGGCCUACAGCAGCACCUAGAUCUUCUGCACCGAUUCUGUCAGACCUGGGCCCUGACAGUAAAUCUCAGUAAUACAAAAAUAAUGGUGUUCCAAAAAAGGUCCAGUUGCCAGGACCACAAAUACAAAUACCAUCUAGACACCGUUGCCCUAGACCACACAGAAACUAUACAUACCUCAGCCUAAACAUCAGCGCCACAGGUAACUUCUACAAAGCUGUGAACAAUCUGAGAGACAAGGCAAGAAGGGCCUUUUAUGCCAUCAAAAGGAACAUAAAAUUUGACAUCCCAAUUAGGAUCUGGCUAGAAAUACUUGAAUCAGUUAUAGAACCCAUUGCCCUUUAUUGAAAUUAUUUGCUUGAAAUUUUGCACCUUCACUAUUACAGUGAAAUGUUUUGUCCAAGAAGUUGUUUAAAAGGGAUUGCAUUUGUUGUUGCCUAAUUGUUUAUUGGUAGGUUUCGACACUACUUUCCUUCCAUCUAUAGCAUUUCUUAAUAUUAUUCAGUUCCUCUGGCUUUGAUGCCUCAUGAUUGAGUAUUGCUCUGUUCAGGUAGACUGUGAUUUUGCUGUGAUCUGAUAGGGGUGUCAGUGGGCUGACUGUGAACGCUCUGAGAUACUCUGGGUUGAGGUCAGUGAUAAAGUAGUCUACAGUACUACUGCCAAGAGAUGAGCUAUAGGUGUACCUACCAUAGGAGUCCCCUCGAAGCCUACCGAUGACUAUGUACAGACCCAGUGUGUGACAGAGCUGCAGGAGUUGUGACCCGUUUUUGUUGGUUAUGUUGUCGUAGUUGUGCCUAGGGGGGCAUAUGGGGGAGGGAAUGCUGUCACCUCCAGGUAUGUGUUUGUCUCCCUGUGUACUGAGGGUGUCAGGUUCUUGUCCAGUUCUGGCAUUUAGGUCGCCACAGACUAGUACAUGUCCCUGGGCCUGGAAAUGAUUGAUUUCCCCUCCAGGAUGGAGAAGCUGUCAUUGUUAAAGUAUGGGGAUUCUAUAGGGGGGAUAUAGGCAGCACACAGGAGGACAUUUUUCUCUGUUGAGAUAAUUUCCUUUUGUAUUUCUAGCCAGAUGUAAAAUGUUCCUGUUUUGAUUAAUUUAAUAGAGUGAGUUAGGUCUGCUCUAUACCAAAUUAGUAUACCCCCUGAGUCCCUUCCCUGUUUUACUCCUGGUAGUUUGGUGGAUGGGACUACCAGCUCUCUGUAACCUAGAGGGCAACCAGUGGGUCCGUCUCCUCUAUACCAUGUUUCUUGUAGGAUGACAAUGUCUGUAUGUCUAACUCCUCAGAACUGGUAGGGAGAGAAACAUUCAACUGAUUUUAAAUGUACAAAUCCCUACAAUUUACCUCAGCAGGCCGUAUUCUCCUGGUACGCGUCCCAAAUGGCAGCCAAUUCCCCAUAUAGUGCACUAGGGUCCAUCGGGCUCUGGUCAAAAGUAGUGCACUAUGUAGGGAAUAGGGUGCCGUUUGGAACGCGCUCAGGGUCUAGUUCGUUCCAUCCAUUCUGUUCCUCUGUUUAUAGCCAGGCUCUAACAGCUGACACUCCAUGGACCCACUUUAAAACACUAAAAUAGGAUUCUUGACCUGCCCUGGUCUAUCUUUCUGUGUUGCUCUCCUUUUUUCCCCCAUCGAUUUUCAAUCUCUCUCUCUCUCUCCCUCUCUCCCAUCUCGAGAGACGACGAGUUCAGACGAGCGAGAGCAGGUCCCGUCAAGUGGAGGAAAGAUCGUUCCAGAGAGAGAGAGGAGAGUUCUCAUAGUUCUCUCUAGUCUCAGCGCCGUCCCUACAUCUCUCCUCAUCUCUCUCUCUCUCAUCUCUCUCUCUCUCUCUUCCUCUCCUCGUCUCUCCUCUUUUCUCUCUGUGUCUCUCUCUCUCAAUUCAAUUCAAUUCAAUUUAUGGGCUUUAUUGGCAUGGGAAACAUAUGAUUACGUUGCCAAAGCAAAUGAAAGAGAUGAUAAACAAAAGGGAAAUAAACAAGGGAAACAUUAGUAAACAUUACACUCACAGAAGUGUUAAAAGACUAUAGACAUUUCAAAUGUUAUAUUAUUGGCAGUGUUGUAACAAUGUUCAAGUAGUUGAAGUAUGAAAGAGAAAAUAAAUAAACAGGUAAAUAUUGGUGGUAUUUGCAAUGUUGUUUGUGCUCCACUGGUUGCCCUUUUCUCAUGGCAACAGGACACAAAUCUUGCUGCUGUGAUUGGACACUGCGGUAUUUCACCUAACCGAUAUGGGAGUUUAUCAAUGUUUGAUUUGUUUUCAAAUUCUUUGUGGGUCUGUGUCUCUCUUCCCUUCUCUCCCUGUCUCUUUCUCUCCUAUCUCACGUUCUCUCUCUCUUUCUCUCCUAUCUCACGUUCUCUCUCUCUUUCUCUCACCUCUCUCUCUCUCUUUCUCUCUAUUUCUCUCUCUUUGCUGUCAGACAGGGUUGAGAGAGCAGACAGGGUGAGAGAGAGAGAGAGAGAGAGAGAGAGAGAGAGAGAGAGAGAGAGAGAGAGAGAGAGAGAGAGAGAGAGAGAGAGAGAGAGAUUACUGUAGACCUCCACACUUCAUCAUGACAGUAACCCUAACCUGACCUAGACCUCCACACUUCACCAGGGGAGGGGCUGGGAAUGGGAAUGGGCUUUACAUCUGCAACUAAACUAAAAUCAACUGGAUUAGUGCAAUUCACAAACAAUUAAAUCAAUAUAAAUGCAUGUUUAUAAAAGUGAAAACAUGUUGUUGUUUUUUUUAUUUUAUUUUAUUACAUAGGGACAGAUACAAUUAAAUGAUUGACACAUUGACUAUACAACAGUCAGACGCAUUGCCUUAGCUUGCAGUCAUUAAUUAAAGUACAAGGUGAUCACAUGGUUGCUCUCAAGGUUAUUAUAGCAAACUAAAUCUAAAGUAAAAAAUUAAAUUAGAAAACUAUUUAGUAAACUAAAACAAAAACUAUACUGAAACUAUUAUCUUUGACUGCAAAAAUGAACUAAAAUAAAAUAAACAUCAAAUUAUGUUCAGUUUUUGUUUAAAUGUAUUUAUCAAAAAUCCAAUGGGUUUUCAAUCUUUUUUGUAAUGGGGUUUUCAAGCUUUUGAUUGUGGUGGGUAAAUGCUGCCAGUAGAUGGCGAUGUUUCAAACAGGCCUAGCUUGUGCAUCACUAUCACUUGCUAUCACCAGAGAAAAAAGAGGCAAAGCGAGAGGAUUACCUCUGCCCAAAAUCUGUCCCCGUAAAAUAAGCAGACCUUUUUGUAUGGAGUUCUAUGAGAGAGUGUCAAAUUACGUAAGGCUUAUUUGAUCAAAAAGAGUAAUGUUUAGGUUCUUACAGAUAUACUGACAUAAGUGGAUAAACGUGGCAUUCGGCACAUUUGGGAAAAACUACUUACAUUUUACAUUUUAUUCAUUUAGCAGACGCUCUUAUCCAGAGCGACUUACAGGAGCAAUUAGGGUUAAGUGCCUUGCUCAAGGGCACAUCGACAGAUUUUUCACCUAGUCGGCUCGGGGAUUAGAACCAGCGACCUUUCGGUUACUGGCACAACGCUCUUAACCACUAAGCUACCUUACUUAAUUGUGCCUGUUCUUCACAUGCGUAUCUGCCCUCUCAUUGGCUAGAAUGGUCCCUCCUGAUCUCAUCUCCUCUCGCCUGCCUUCCAUCUUUGGGGACGUAUUUUCAUUGUUAGAGCGGUUACUUGAAGAUCUUGUCAAUAUAAUAGAUCAUCUUUGCUAUCGCUAACAACAGGGAAGAAAUCUGAGGCAGAGACAGUAGAGAAAAACGAGACACUCCCAAAAUAAAUUCUGAUCGGGGCGGGUCCACUCUGGUCUGCUUAUUGCCCCCGCCCCGCAGAGGGGGUGCCCCAGAGCAAAAUAUUUCCCCUCUAGGGAAAAUAAGCAGACAAUGGUUGCGAUCCCCUGCUCGGACGUUGCAUGCAUCAAUCAAUGGUGGUGUACCAUGUUAUCAACUGUGUCAUCGACUGACAGAUUGUUAAAACAUAUGAUGUGGUUAGCUGAUACAUAAAAUACCUAUCCAGGCAUUGUAAUGUCUGUGGCCUAAGAUUGAUUUAUAAUUUUAAACAGUGGCAUGAAGUAACUUCCCAAAAAACACUAAGCUUAGGCUACGUUCUGUCCCUAACACUACAACUGAAACUAAAUUUAAAUGUUUUUAUAAAACGGAAACUAAAUCAAAACUAGUAAAUUAAAUCUGAAAACGAACUGAAACUAAACUGAAUUUCAAAUAAAAAGCUAAAAAGCUAAUAGGUCCUCAAUAGGUCCUCAACAGGCAGCUUCAUUAAAUAGUACCCGCAAAACACCAGUCUCAACGUCAACAGUGAAGAGGCGACUCCGGGAUUCUGACCUUCUAGGCAGAGUUGCAAAGAAAAAGCCAUAUGUCAGACUGCCCAUCUUAAAAUCUUUUCUUUUUAAUUGGCCAGUCUGAGAUAUGGCUUUUUCUUUGCAACUCUGCCUAGAAGGUCAGCAUCCCGGAGUCGCCUCUUCACUGUUGACGUUGAGACUGGUGUUUUGCGGGUACUAUUUAAUGAAGCUGCCUGUUGAGGACCUGUGAGGCGUCUGUUUCUCAAACUAGACACUCUAAUGUAUUUGUCCUCUUGCUCAGUUGUGCACCGAGGCCUCCCACUCCUCUUUCUAUUCUGGUUAGAGCCAGUUUGCGCUGUUCUGUGAAGGGAGUAGUACACAGCGUUGUACGAGACCUUCAGUUUCUUGGCAAUUUCUCGCAUGGAAUAGCCUUCAUUUCUCAGAACAAGAAUAGACUGACGAGUUUUAAAAAAAAGUUAUUCGUUUCUGGCCAUUUUGAGCCUGUAAUCAAACCCACAAUUGCUGAUGCUCCAGAUACUCAACUAGUCUCAAGAAGGCCAGUUGUAUUGCUUCUUUAAUCAGCACAACAGUUUUCAGCUGUGCUAACAUAAUUGCAAAAGGGUUUUCUAAUGAUCAAUUAGCCUUUUAAAAUAAUAAACUUGGAUUAGCAAACACAACGUGCCAUUGGAACACAGGACUGAUGGUUGCUGAUAAUGGGCCUCUGUACACCUAUGUAUAUAUUACAUUAAAAAAAAAUCUGCCGUUUCCAGCUACAAUAGCCAUUUACAACAUUAACAAUGUCUACACUGUAUUUCUGAUCAAUUUGAUGUUAUAUUAAUGGACAAAAAAAAUGCUUUUCUUUCGAAAACAAGGACAUUUCUAAGUGACCCCAAACUUUUGAGCGGUAGUGUAGAUAUUCAAGUAGAUUUACAUUCACUGGCUCCUUGGUAAGCAACUCCAGUGUAGAUUUGGCCUUGUGUUUUAGGUUAUUGUCCUGCUGUUUUUUCUUUGUAAUACUACUAGCUACUUACUACUAGCAAUUUUAUGAAGUUGGCUUUAGCCCAGAUAGGUUCCCAAUCUCCCAUCAUCAUAACUAGAUACCAAGCCAUUUCAGGCUGUCAAUCAAGAUAGAGUAGCUAGCUUGUCUUAACUAUCUCAGCUGGCAUGACUGGUGGCCAGGUUGGUAGACUUUAGAAAAGCAAGCAAUAACUAAAUGUACUGAAUAAGACUCACGUUCCUUUCAAUCUCUUACCCAGAUUUUAGCAGCUAUGCAGGGAAGCAUCUUUUGUUUCUUAAAAAAAAAGAACCACCGGUCAGGGAGGAUACAGAUAGCUCAGGAGGUAUGAUUAGAUAUGCAGAGAAAUAUACAUAUUUUUGACAUAGAAUUAAGUGUAAUGAUUAUAGCUGGAAAAAAGCUGUUUCAGGUUUUUGAAAAAUACUAAAUUCUCCAAUUUACGGACAUUAGUACAAUACGUUGGGACUAGACUAUUUGAGUGUGGUAUUAUGUCAUGUUAUCAGACAUAUACAGAAAGAAACACACAUUCGGUUUCAAAGGCUUCGACUUGUUCUCUCAGAACUCGCUGCAAUGAUUUGACUUUCUUUUUGGACAGACCCCCCCCAGCCAGCCUCACGUGCUUUGUGCCCCCUCAGAUGUUUGGGGUGCAUGGCGCCCCUGCUUGUAAGUAGCCUUGCAUGAGCCUUGUGCAAGCCAGAACGGCUCAUAGGAGCAGGAGCCUAUCUCCUGUUUCUGUUGCUUGAGGCAGCUUGAUGUACAGUACACCCCCUGGACAGGACACUAGUCUAUCUCCUGUUUCUGUAGUGAGGCAGCUUGAUGUACCAGUACACCCCCUGGACAGGACACUAGUCUAUCUCCUGUUUCUGUAGUGAGACAGCUUGAUGUACCAGUACACCCCCCUUGACAGGACACUAGUCUAUCGCAGGGCCUAACACAUGUACUACAGAGAAAUGUGGAGACUUCAGAACAGAUAUCUCCAAAUCAAGCUAGCUAUGAACGUGAUAUACAAGUAUUGUUUGUGGAACAUUUAUUCGAUCACGAUAAGACACUUCUGAUAUAGUACUGCAUAUCUCUCUUUCUCUAUCUCCAUCCUCACCUUCUCUACCUCUUCAUCUUGUCCUCUUCCUCUCCCUCCUCCAGCCUCUGAAGAUAUUUUUAUUAUUAUAAUUAUUAUUAUAUUAAGAUGCACUGCCAUAGCAUCACUCCUCCUCUCCCCCUUCCUACACCGUCUACUAAAAUAACACAAUCUCCUCCCCCAGCCUCUGAAGAUGCACUGCCGUAGCAUCACUCCUCCUCUCCCCCUUCCUACACCGUCUACUAAAAUAACACAAUCUCCUCCUCUAGCCUCUGAAGAUGCACUGCCGUAGCUGUGCGUUGGUCACCAGCUCCGGUCACCUGAUGGGUGGUGGUCGCGGCGAGGAGAUCGACCGGGCGGAAUGUGUGAUCCGUAUGAACGACGCCCCCACACUGCGGGGGUACGGUCGAGAUGUUGGACGCCGCACUUCGCUACGCGUCAUCGCUCACUCCAGCAUGCAGAGGGUCCUACGGAGCCGUCAUGAACUGCUCAACGCGUCCCAGGUUAGAUGCUACAUGUUAUAAGAUUUAAAAUAUACUGUAUGCCAUCUAGCAGACGCUUAAAAAAAAAAAAAAAAACACUUACAGUAAUGAGUGUAUACAUUUUAGUAUAGGUGGCCCUCAGCGGGAAACGAACCCACAAUUCUGGCUUUGCAAGUGCCAUGCUCUACCAACUGAGCCACAAAGGGCUAGAUAGUUAGUAGAUUGUUGUAAUAUACAGUGGGGAGAACAAGUAUUUGAUACACUGCCGAUAUUGCAGGUUUUCCUACUUAAAAAGCAUGUAGAGGUCUGUAAUUUUUAUCAUAGGUACACUUCAACUGUGAGAGACAGCAUCUAAAACAAAAAUCCAGAAAAUCACAUUGUAUGAUUUUUAAGUAAUUAAUUUGCAUUUUAUUGCAUGACAUAAGUAUUUGAUCACCUACCAACCAGUAAGAAUUCCGUCUCUCACAGACCUGUUAGUUUUUCUUUAAGAAGCCCUCCUGUUCUCCACUCAUUACCUGUAUUAACUGCACCUGUUUACACUCGUUACCUGUAUAAAAGACACCUGUCCACACACUCAAUCAAACAGACUCCAACCUCUCCAAAAUGGCCAAGACCAGAGAGCUGUGUAAGGACAUCAGGGAUAAAAUUGUAGACCUGCACAAGGCAGGGAUGGGCUACAGGACAAUAGGCAAGCAGCUUGGUGAGAAGGCAACAACUGUUGGCGCAAUUAUUAGAAAAUGGAAGAAGUUCAAGAUGACGGUCAAUCACCUUCAGUCUGGGGCUCCAUGCAAGAUCUCACCUCGUGGGGCAUCAAUGAUCAUGAGGAAGGUGAGGGAUCAGCCCAGAACUACACGGCAGGACCUGGUCAAUGACCUGAAGAGAGCUGGGACCACAGUCUCAAAGAAAACCAUUAGUAACACACUACGCCGUCAUAGAUUAAAAUCCUGCAACGCACGCAAGGUCCCCCUGCUCAAGCCAGCGCAUGUCCAGGCCCGUCUGAAGUUUUCCAAUGACCAUCUGGAUGAUCCAGAGGAGGAAUGGGAGAAGGUCAUGUGGUCUGAUGAGACAAAAAUAGAGCUUUUCGGUCUAAACUCCACUCGCCGUGUUUGGAGGAAGAAGAAGGAUGAGUACAACCCCAAGAACACCAUCCCAACCGUGAAGCAUGGAGGUGGAAACAUCAUUCUUUGGGGAUGCUUUUCUGCUAAGGGGACAGGACAACUGCACCGUAUUGAGGGGAGGAUGGAUGGGGCCAUGUAUCGCGAGAUCUUGGCCAACAACCCCCUUCCCUCAGUAAGAGCAUUGAAGAUGGGUCGUGGCUGGGUCUUCCAGCAUGACAACGACCCGAAACACACAGCCAGGGCACCUAAGGAGUGGCUCCGUAAGAAGCAUCUCAAGGUCCUGGAGUGGCCUAGCCAGUCUCCAGACCUGAACCCAAUAGAAAAUCUUUGGAGGGAGCUGAAAGUCUGUAUUGCCCAGCGACAGCCCCGAAACCUGAAAGAUCUGGAGAAGGUCUGUAUGGAGGAGUGGGCCAAAAUCCCUGCUGCAGUGUGUGUAAACCUGGUCAAGACCUACAGGAAACGUAUGAUCUCUGUAAUUGCAAACAAAGGUUUAUGUACCAAAUAUUAAGUUCUGUUUUUCUGACGUAUCAAAUACUUAUGUCAUGCAAUAAAAUGCAAAUUAAUUACUUAAAAAUCAUACAAUGUGAUUUUCUGGAUUUUUGUUUUAGAUUCCGUCUCUCACAGUUGAAGUGUACCUAUGAUAAAAAAUUACAGACCUCUACAUGCUUUGUAAGUAGGAAAACCUGCAAAAUCGGCAGUGUAUCAAAUACUUGUUCUCCCCACUGUACAUAUAUAUAUAUAUACUGUAUGUGAUAUUAUGUGUUUUCAUGAACACUUUCAUGUGUUAUCCCUUCUGUUUCAAUCUUAUCAAUGUAUCAAUGUUUUACUUGUAACCCAAAAUAAAAAUGGUAUUCAAUUAAACUCUGUUACCUCCAGGACACAGUGUUUUAUCAGUAGUUACAUGUAGCAUAACAUUCUCUACCCUCCAGGACACAGUGUUUAUCUUCUGGGGGCCCAGUAGUUACAUGCGGAGAGACGGGAAGGGUCUGGUCUACAAUAACCUGAGGUUGAUGAACCAGGUGCUGCCCAAACUGAAGGUCUACAUCAUCUCCUGGCAGAAGAUGCUG